AUGAGGUUCUUGUUCUCGUUCAAACUCAGAAGACUGAGAUCCGAAUUCAUAAGCAAGCAACUGAACUCAAAUGUUCAAAAGUUCUAUUUUUCGGGUAUUCCCAGGCCCAAGUUCUCCAAACGCAAGCGCCAAAAGCCCAGGAAAACUCCAUCACUGUCUGCCAGAAACGACGACGGAGCUUCCCAGGGAGUCGUUGGCCCGCUCUUCAACGAAAUCCUGGGGAUUCUGGGAACUGCAAAUGUGUUGUCUCAUCGUAGUUUACUCGGAAUACCGAAUUUGGUACCUACCCGCCAACAUACGAGAAUCAACGAGACUAUGGAGUCACCAUCGAAAGGUUCUCAAGGUGCUUGUUUAAAUGCCGAGCAGAGACUAGAACAACAAGACGAAGAUCAUACGGUUGAACUAGUACAAGACAAUACUCUGGUUUCGGAGGGUUUACUAAAAGAUGGAAUUGAUGUCAGCCCUCUUGUUCGUAAAAUCACUGAAAUUGUAAGGGAUGAAAGUAACUUGCAGUCGAUGCAAUUGCUCAAGUGUUUAGCAAUCUCUGGGAACAUUGAUGCCGUGUACGCUGUUCAGAAUGAUAUGAUCGAAGUUUCCCAGAUUCGCGAAGAAGUAGUUUAUGGUAUCGUACUGAAGUGUUUCUGCAUUGCAGGAAAAAUUAAGGAAGCCUUGGAAUUGAUUCGCACUUUGAGGGAUAAAAAUGUAGGCAUGGGACUGGAAAACUUCAAAACUUUAGUUAAGGGAUUGUGUCGGGCAGAUAGAGUUGCCGAUGCUUUAGAGAUUGUGGACAUCAUGAAGAAAAAGAACUCUGUUGAUGAGGAAGUUUACGAAGUCUUGGUUAAUGGUUAUCUGAGAAACAAUGAUGGUUCUGGUGCAUUUAGUGUUCUGAAGAGCUUGAAGGAUUCAGGAUAUCAACCCACCUUGCCCACUUACACUAAUUUGAUGCAGUACCUGAUCCGAAUAAAUGAAUUGCAGAAAGCCUUGGACCUGUAUGAUGAGAUGCUGGAUACAGGCAUACAUUUGGAUAAUGUAGUAGCAACCUCAUUAGUUGCGAGCUGUAUCAGUCAAAACUGCAUCUCUGAAGGAUGGCGAGUCUUCAACAGUAUGGUGGAAAAACGGGUGAGAAUGACUCAAAAAUCUUACAGUAUAUUCAUCAAGGAGCUCUGUAAAGUUUCUGCUACAGAUGAUAUCGUCAAGAUGUUGAUGGAGAUGCAGGCUUCAAAGAUAAAAGUUGGGGAUGAUAUCUUGCAGCUGGUUAUAUCUUAUAUGAAGAAAAAUGGAGAGAUGGAGAAAGUAAAGAAGAUACAGCAGAUAUGGAUGACUUGCAAUUCAGGUUACCAAGAAAAGGACUCUCUUGUUGAGAAUAAUCUAGUUCCAAAUGAAAGGAAUUCUUUGGUUUCUAAUGGAAAUAUUGAACCAGAAUUACACGUAAAGUGGAAUCCUGAGAUGCUUGAACGCGUAUGUUCAGACCAACAUGCCCCGGGGUUGCCCUUGAAGUCAUAUAAAGAAGAUGAUUUACAUGAAAUUUGCCGAAUCUUGUCAGCCUCAAAGGAUUGGUGUUCAAUUCAAGAUGAUUUGGAGAAAUAUGCCGCGUGCUUCACAACAGAACUUGUUGCGGAUGUUCUACGGAAGUGCAGCUUGCAGAGUGGUGCAGUACUUCGAUUUUUCUCAUGGGUAGGAAAGCAAAGUGGUUAUAAACACAAUGCUGAAUCUUACAAUAUGGCUAUUAAACUUUCAGGACGAGCAAAGGACUUCAAAAACAUGAGAAGCCUAUUCCAUGAAAUGAGAAGAAAUGGUUGCCCAAUCACAUCUGAUACAUGGACAAUCAUGAUACUGCUAUAUGGUCGAACAGGUCUCACGGACAUUGCCUUGAGAACCUUCAAAGAGAUGAAAGCUAGUGGCUGUAAACCAAACAAAAGUACAUACAAAUUUCUGGUUAUAUCUCUUUGUGGUAGAAAGGGCCGGAAAGCUGAUGAAGCUGUUCAAAUCUUCCAGGAUAUGAUUAGCGCAGCGUGUCAUCCUGAUAAAGAAAUGCUGGAAUCUUUUUUCUCUUGUUUGUGUGAAGCUGGUAAACUAUCAGACGCUAGAAAGGCCAUUGAAACCCUCCAAAAAAUCGGCUUUACAGUUCCAUUAACAUGCUCUCUUUACGUUAGGUCCCUUUGUCGAGCCAGAAAGGUUGAAGAAGCCUUAAAAGUAGUUGAGGAAUUUGGUGCUGACAAGCGCACUUUGGAUCAGUAUACUUAUGGGAGCUUAGUUCAUAGCCUGCUACAAUCCGGGCGGUAUGAAGAAGCCAUGGCAAAGGUGGAAUCAAUGAAGCAAGUUGGAAUUCAUCCUACUGUCCAUGUGUAUACAUCACUCAUAGUCCAUUUUUUUAAGCAGAAGCAAGUUCACAAGGCUUUGGAAACUUUUGAGACGAUGAAAGAGAUGGGAUGCCAACCAACAACCGUUACAUACUCUGCCAUGGUACGUGGAUAUGCGGAAAUGGGAAAGAGCAAAGAUGCUUGGGAUGUCUUUUACCACAUGAGGAAGAAUGGCCCUCACCCUGAUUUCAAGACUUAUUCCAUGUUCAUUGAUUGUCUUUGUAAGACAGGAAGUUCUGAAGAAGCUCUACAACUUCUGGGUGAUAUGUUGAAUUGUGGGAUAGUCCCCAGUACCGUAAAUUUCCAAACUGUUAUGUAUGGGUUAAAUCGAGAAGGCAAAUACGAUUUGGCCAAAACUGUAUUACGGACGAAAACUGAUCUUAAAUUUCAAAGAAGAUUAACUUCAUAG